AUGGUACCGGAGCUGUACGAGCCGGACAAUGGUCACGAAGCAAUUGGUUCACAACUUGAUUAUAUAAAACAAGCUCGAUUACAUGGUUAUGGUGUUAUCGUUACUAAUACUAACUUAAAUACAGAUGAAUCUUCUGAAUCAAAUCUUAAUGUAACACAACGUAUUCGUGGUAGUGGAUGCGCUGAAGAACAUGCUUGUUAUGUAUGGGAAAAUUUUGUUCUACGAUGUCACGCUCGUCAUAUAUGUAUUAUGGCACAUUCCUAUGGAGGAGCUGUCGUUCUUGAAUUGGCUGCAAGAUAUAUGCCUGAUUUUGAUAGACGUGUUUUUGCUGUGGCAUUAACAGAUUCACCUAUGAGAGCUUAUACAAAACAUUUUAAGAAAAACGUUUUGGCAAUGCUGAAAAAGAGAACAAUAAAUUGGGCAGCUGAUAAUCAUCCAGUAAAUGCAUAUUUGAUCACUAGAGAUUAUGGUGAAGUACGAUCAGCAGGUCAUUUAUUACAUGAAUGGACAUCGUAUACAGCUUUUCCAUAUAUAUUCAAAUUUUUUGAAGACGAACGUAAAAAAUUUAGAUGA